AUGAGAGCUUUAACCAAGCCUCCAUCAUGGGAGGAUCAAUAUGGAAGACCGGCCGUCGAGGACGGGACGCUGGAGGAGAUCGAGGACGAGGUGCGCCACAAGAAGACCACGCGCAAGAGGAGGAGGGAGCGGGACCCGGAGGCCCCCGGCCCCUCCUCCUCCUCCUGCUCCUCCCGGAGCGGCCUCCGGGGGGGCCAGGAUGAGGAGGGGAAGAGGCACCGCAGGAGGGGGCGCCCCCCGGUGGAGCGGCUGUCCCCCAACCCGGCCCCCCUCACCAAGAAGAUGAGGAGGAUCGUGGACGCCGUCAUCAAGUACAAAGACAGCGCCAGCGGCCGGCAGCUGAGCGAGGUGUUCAUCCAGCUGCCGUCGCGUAAGGAGCUGCCCGAGUACUACGAGCUGAUCCGCAGGCCUGUGGACUUCAGGAAGAUCAAGGACCGGUACCGAGGCCACCGGUACCGCAGCCUGGCCGACCUGGAGCGGGACGUCAUGCUGCUCUUCCAGAACGCCCAGACCUUCAACCUGGAGGGCUCCCUGAUCUACGAGGACUCCAUCGUGCUCCAGUCGGUGUUCACCAGCCUGAGGCAGAAGAUCGAGAGGGAAGAGGAGAGCGAGGGGGAGGAGAGCGAGGAAGAGGAGGACGAGCAAGAGGAAGGCUCCGAGACAGAGUCCCGCCCAGUGAAGGUAAAGAUCCGCCUCGGUCGUCGGGAGAAGGCGGGCGAGCGAGGAAAGGGCCGCAGCCGGAGGUCCGGCCGCAUCCGAGCCAAGCCCGUCGUCAGCGAUGACGACACAGAGGAGGAGCAGGAGGAGGAGCCUUCCCCAAGUGCCUCAGCGGAGGAGUCCUAAACCACGACUUUCACAAAGUUAAACUUCAC